CGCGGAAGGUGACGUGGACACGGAAGUGGUCGUCGUCGCGGCAGCACCGGUGGGAACGGGGUGCGGGGCUCAGAGUGCGGCCGGCGGGCGGACGGUCGGCGGUGAUCUCGCACCUGCGGCGGCGGGGGACGUAGGUUUUGUCGGUUGAGUGCGCGUCCCCUCAGUCCACGAGCGGCUUCUCAGCCUUUCUCCUGCCCGUCGGAGCCCCGGGGCCGGGACCCGUUCAGCCGGCGUCACCAUGACCAAGGCCGGUAGCAAGGGCGGGAACCUCCGCGACAAGCUUGACGGCAACGAGCUGGACCUGAGCCUCAGCGACCUGAAUGAGGUCCCUGUCAAGGAGCUGGCUGCCCUCCCCAAGGCCACCAUACUGGAUCUGUCCUGCAAUAAACUGACUACUCUACCGUCGGAGUUCUGUGGCCUCACACACCUGGUGAAGCUGGACCUGAGUAAGAACAAGCUGCGGCAGCUGCCGGCGGACUUUGGCCGCCUGGUCAACCUCCAGCACCUGGACCUCCUCAACAACAGGCUGGUCACCCUGCCUGUCAGCUUUGCUCAGCUCAAGAGCCUCAAGUGGCUGGAUCUGAAGGAUAACCCCCUGGAUCCCGUCCUGGCCAAGGUGGCAGGGGAUUGCCUGGAUGAGAAGCAGUGCAAGCAGUGUGCCAACAAGGUGCUGCAGCACAUGAAGGCCGUGCAGGCGGAUCAGGAGCGAGAGAGGCAGCGGCGGCUGGAAAUAGACAGAGAGGCCGAGAAGAAGUGGGAAGCCAAGCAGCGAGCUAAGGAGGCUCAGGAGCGGGAACUGCGGAAGCGGGAGAAGGCGGAAGAGAAGGAGCGCCGGAGAAAGGAGUAUGACGCCCUCAAAGCAGCCAAGCGGGAGCAGGAGAAGAAACCGAAGAAGGAAACAAAUCAGGCCCCGAAAUCAAAGUCCGGCUCUCGCCCCCGUAAGCCGCCACCCCGGAAGCACACUCGGUCCUGGGCUGUGCUGAAGCUGCUGCUGCUGCUGCUGCUGUGUGUGGCUGGCGGGCUGGUUGCUUGUCGGGUGACAGAGCUGCAGCAGCAGCCCCUGUGCACCAGCGUGAACACCAUCUACGACAACGCGGUCCGGGGCCUGCGCAGCCACGACAUCGUCCAGUGGGUCCUGCAGACCGAUUCUCAGCAGUGAGCUUGUCCUCAACAACUGCUGCCUCCCAGCCUUGGAGCUUGGAUUCCUAUGGAAUUGGGUUCUGCUGGACACAACCUCUUUUUAGUGUCAGACCUACCUGCCAUCGUCAAAUGGCUGCCGUUUGGUACUUGAGACCUCCUCUUUGUAAGACUUCUUUGUUCCUUAGUCAGGGUUCCCUGGCGGAAUAAGGAGAGGCAGGAGGUGGGGACAGUUACCUGCAUGCUUACAAGAAUAGGCUUGGGUCGGGAGAGAAAAAACCAUAGCCUUUUCUAGUUGUUACACAAAGCUGCGUAAGGGCAAGACUCAUUUCUACUAAAGGUCAGCUGUCACUACAUUUAUACUUUUGUAUGUCACCAAUCCUUUCUUUAAUUCCUCCCUGGGGAGCCAGGGCCGAUCAGGAGGCAGUGUGUUACUGGGGACGAGGGGAGCACCAUACUCAGCAAAUCUAACCUAAAUUGGGGGGGGAGGGACAAGCCUAUUUUUUAAAGGACCUCAGACAUUCAGAUAUUUUAAUGAUCAUACAAAAUCUCAGGCUGUGAAAGGAACUCGAAGACCAUCCAUUCCAAUAGAACCCUUGUCGGUGGGGAACCUGCACCUUCCAUGACUUGCCUACCAUCUCCCAGCUAGUUUGAGGCAGACCUGGAUUCCCACCCUGGUAUCUUUCUUUCCAUCAUUUCACCUCCUUUAUAAUGUCCCGAGACCACACAACUUAACAGCAGAAUUGAGUGUCUCUUGGCUGAAAUGCAGAUGGUUUCAUGGAUGCCAGAUUCACGACCCACAAAUAGGAAUCUCACAGCCAUGAGAGUCUUGGGCAGCUCCUGCAAAGUCCUGCCACAAUUUAUGUGGCUUCUAUCAAGUGGGGAUGCUCCAGGCCCUUUGCCUCAAUUCAAGAGCAUUAACUCCCUGAUUGUCAGUAAACAAGACGAUGGACCCUUGCAAAGCCCCAUUUUCUGUGACAGCUCUGUUACCUAAUUGGUGUGACCACAUACCUCAGAGGCAAACUGAAAACUCAAGCGUCAUAGAGACCGAGGUUUAGAAUUGUUUGAUUCUAGUCGUACCUACACCUGUACAAUGAAGGCAAACAAGGAGCAUCAUGGAGUUGAGAGGUGGUGCAUUAAUGGCUGCUGUGGCACCAAUAGGGGCAGAACUGUCCAUUCUCGUGUCUGCCAGAUCCAGCGUUUUUCUUGCUCUCUGGCCUCCUUGCCUCUUUUCACAACAGCUGGACGAAGGGAUCAGCAGUGGCUGUCAUGGUGCUUAUUCACGGAAAACUCCCAAUUGCAAGCUCCUUGCCUCCACCCAGGGAGAGCAAGACCCUGUCGUGUUCAGGAACAGAGUGGGCUCCAGCUUUUCAGCACUAGUGGCCCAUGGAGAGGACGGACUGUCCUAAUGAUGGAAGGAUGGACUUGUUUUCUCCCUGAAGGGUAGCUCUGCUGUGUAGACCCACACCUUACUCAGAAUCACUACACAUUCCUUAGUCUUCCUCCAAGCUCCAGAGCCAUCGAUACAAAUGCUUUAUUGAAACUAAACGCAUAGUACAUAUCAUGGGGAUUAAGACAGAAGUCAGCAUAGCGAUCGGGCCCCCGUUCCUUGGCUGGCGGAGGCAGCUUCGGCGGGUGCGAGGCAGGCCGGCGCACACCCAGCCUCGUCUAGCAACCCGCCCAGGGCAGUUCGCUCGUGACCUCGAGAUUUGAUGUUGAGGUUCUUUUGAAUUUCUGCAAUUAUUAAAUACGUGUCUGAGUGGUU